AUGGCACCACCUUAUUGGUUUACCUUUGACAAAAGAAAUGGCACUCAACGUUUAAUAGGAUUAUGGAAGCGAUGUUCCCAAUGCAACCGUGUUGUGAAUACAAACACAGUAGUUGUGAAUACAAACACAGUAGAUGUGAAUACAUACACAGUAGAUGUGAUUACAAACACAGUAGAUGUGAUUACAUACACAGUAGAUGUGAUUACAAACACAGAAGAUGUGAAUACAAACACAGAAGAUGUGAAUACAAACACAGUAGAUGUGAAUACAAACACAGUAGAUGUGAAUACAAACACAGUAGUUGUGAAUACAAACACAGUAGAUGUGAAUACAAACACAGUAGAUGUGAAUACAAACACAGUAGAUGUGAUUACAUACACAGUAGAUGUGAUUACAAACACAAAAGAUGUGAAUACAAACACAGUAGAUGUGAAUACAAACACAGUAGAUGUGAAUACAAACACAGUAGAUGUGAUUACAAACACAGUAGAUGCGAAUACAAACACAGUAGAUGUGAAUACAAACACAGUAGAUGUGAUUACAAACACAGUAGAUGCGAAUACAAACACAGUAGAUGUGAAUACAAACACAGUAGAUGUGAUUACAAACACAGUAGAUGUGAUAACAAACACAGUAGAUGUGAAUACAAACACAGUAGAUGUGAUAACAAACACAUUAGAUGUGAUUACAAACACAGUAGAUGCGAAAACAAACACAGUAGAUGUGAUUACAAACACAGUAGAUGUGAUUACAAACACAGUAGAUGUGAUUACAAACACAGUAGAUGUGAAUACAAACACAGUAGAUGUGAUUACAAACACAGUAGAUGUGAAUACAAACACAGUAGAUGUGAAUACAAACACAGUAGAUGUGAAUACAAACACAGUAGAUGUGAUUACAAACACAGUAGAUGUGAUUACAAACACAGUAGAUGUGAUUACAAACACAGUAGAUGUGAUUACAAACACAGUAGAUGUGAAUACAAACACAGUAAAUGUGAUUACAAACACAGUAGAUGUGAUUACAAACACAGUAGAUGUGAUUACAAACACAGUAGAUGUGAUUACAAACACAGUAGAUGCGAAUACAAACACAGUAGAUGUGAUAACAAACACAGUAGAUGUGAAUACAAACGCAGUAGAUGUGAUUACAAACACAGUAGAUGCGAAUACAAACACAGUAGAUGUGAACAAUUAUGUCUCAUGGCAAAACAAUCCAAAAUCAAAUAUUCAAAAAUAA